GUGUGAAAAGAGCCUAUGAGUAUUCAUCUCCUUUUAGUACCCAACAUAACUCUUCUCAACUCGAUUCAUUCAAGAAUCGAGAACUGUUUUUUUAUAUCAAUCAGUUUAGUCUCAUCGUUUCAGAAUUGAACAUAUCGUUGAUACAAUGGGAAGGAAGUUUUAUGUUGAUUAUGAUGAAUUCCCGAAAGAGGAUUUUGUCCAUUGUAGUGUAUGCAAAACCCAAAUUGGAUUAGUCGACGAAUUCAUUAAUGAUAUGGAAAAUGGGAGAACAGCAAUCUUUAAUAAAGUGUUUAAUGUACAAGUGGACGCAGAGAAAUACCAUAGACAAGAAAAUGGCAAAAUUGUAGCUGAUACUUACUGCGUCAAAUGUGGAAUGCUUCUAGGGAUGAAACUUAUUGUAGUCCCUUAUAGCCAUUGGACCGUGAAUUUUAGACAAGGAAGAUUCUUGAUCAGAGCGAACAAACUUGUUUUUUGGAAUAAUGAGAGGUUGUUUGAUGGAGAAGAUGAACAAGAUGAAGGCGCUAAUGAACAUGAUCAUAAUCAAGGUGGAGGCUCUAAUGAACAGAAUAAUGAUCACAAUGGAGGCGUUAAUGAACAUGACAAUGAUCAAGGUUGAGGCGCCAACGAACUAAAUGAAUUGAUGCAGACCAACAGGUUGAUCAUACAAUAUAGAUAAUAUUUGAUCUAAAUCCAGACAUAUGAACUAUGUGAUAUGCAGACAGUUUUUUCUUAAUAAAUUGUCUUCUAAGUGAUAUGCUUGAUUAUCCUAUAGUGGAAAGUUGCCUAUUAUAGUACUGUAAGAUAUUCAAUGC